AUGUUUCGUUCAUCGGCUGGCGAAAAGACUCAGUCCCAAGCGACAACACCAGAUUUAGAUGACUCCAUUAGUUUUUCGGACGAUGCUAAUCCUGAUGUAGAUGUUGCUGAUGUCGAUGUUGAUUCGGUAGCUACUAAAAAGCCACAUUUUUUAGAUUAUGAUGCCAUACCACCACCCGAUUUUAUAGAACACUUUGACAGGGCCAUGAAUUUUGGCAAUGCCAGUCAGAAUUCCAAUAGCACAACCGCCGUCGCCGCCACCGCCCACAACACCACCACUACGUCCACCAAUCUUCCGCAAAAGACAAAUAAUUGCAGCGGCAGUGGGGAACAAUUAAAAAUGGAUAAAAAAUUUGAAAAGGAUGGCGAAAUAAGUGAUUACGAAUUGGCAGCUAGUGGUUACACGAAGAAGGAGUUUACCCAAGACGAUAACACCCUCAAUUUGAAUAUAUCCAUGCAAAGCGGUGGUAAACCACGUAAACAUUUCUUGGAUGAAAAUCCAAUACCACCCGAUUACAUGAUUAACGAACAUCAAUUGCGUGAACAUCGCAGUUUGGAUCGAAAUUUCGAAAGGCACAAUGAGCAACGUUCGGCAUUGGAUAUGCAUGGUAAUUUAUCGGGAUUUAGGUCAUCCCGAGAACGUUACAAAGAUAUACCACCCAUGUCCCGCCUGCCCAAAGGUUUGGCAUGGACACAAAGUUUUGAUAGUCGUUACGAGGGUGGAAAUGCCUCCUCCUCGAACAAGCUGGAUGAUUUUGAACCAAAAGUUGAGUGUGUCUAUUCUCUACUCUCGAUGUUGGGCUCCAAUGAUCCCCUAGAAAUGGCCAAGAAAUUUCACGAACUCUCCAAAAAUCCCGAAACUUGUAAUACUUUACGUCGAUCAGGUUGUAUACCAUUGCUGGUGCAAAUAAUACAUGCUGAUGGUGGUCCCGAUGAGCCUAGAAAAUGGGCUGGCAUGGCGCUGCACAAUGUUGUCCACUCACAUCCAGAUGAAAAGUGCGGACGUAGGGAAGCCAAAGUUCUCCGUUUAUUGGAUCAAAUUAUGGACUACUGUAAUUUUCUGCGCACCCUUUUGCAGAGUGGUGGUGAAGCCAUUGCCGAUGAUGCUGAUCGUCAUCCCUUGGCAGCCAUGUCCUCGCUGAUGAAGGUGAGCUUUGACGAAGAACAUCGCCAUGCCAUGUGCGAAUUGGGUGCUCUACAAGCCAUUCCCAGUUUAGUGCAUUUGGAUCAUGCUGUGCAUGGUCCAAAGCCGGAAAAUCAAUGCUGCAAUUCACUGAGACGUUUUGCCUUGAUGGCCUUAACCAAUCUCACAUUCGGCGAUGAAAACAACAAGGCCCUGCUCUGCAGUCAAAAGCUAUUUAUGGAAGCGCUGGUCGCUCAAUUGGAUUGUGCACCCGAUGAUUUGCUACAGGUAACGGCUAGUGUUCUGCGUAACCUCUCGUGGAGGGCUGAUGCCCAGAUGAAGGCGGUCCUAAAUGAAAUUGGGACAGUGACGGCAUUGGCCAAGGCUGCCAUGAAAAAUAAAUGUGAAAAUACCCUGAAGGCCAUAUUAUCCGCCCUUUGGAAUCUAUCGGCCCAUUGCAGUACCAAUAAGGCUGAAUUUUGUGCUGUAGAAGGUGCGUUGUCUUUUAUUGUGCGUAUGCUAACCUAUGAAGGACCCAGUAAGACCUUGAAAAUUAUUGAAAAUGCCGGUGGCAUUUUAAGAAAUGUUUCCUCUCACAUAGCUGUCCGUGAGGAUUAUCGACAAAUACUGAGGGAACAUAACUGCCUGUCGAUUUUGCUUCAGCAACUGAAAUCGGAAAGUCUGACGGUGGUAAGCAAUUCGUGUGGUACUCUCUGGAAUUUAUCGGCUCGAUGUCCCGAGGAUCAACGAUUUCUUUGGGACAAUGGUGCAGUGCCCAUGCUGAGGUCGUUAAUUCACUCCAAACAUGCCAUGAUCUCUGAGGGUAGUGCCUGUGCUUUGAAAAACCUAUUAAAUUUUCGUCCAUCUGCUCAGAAUACCAAUCAUUUGGAUCCCAUUGCGAGGUCUUUAAAUUUGAAAAAAUUACCAACAUUGAAUGUUCGCAAGCAGAAGGCUUUGGAGCAGGAAUUGGGGGCAGCCUCCAAGAAACACAGUGAAACCUGUGAUAAUUUGGAUACCGUGAAUCCAAAAGAUCGGCCGACAUAUGAUGCCACCGCACCGAGUGGUUCAAGUGGAUCAUCAUCGGUUCUGCAAAGACAUCGCUUUCCAUUACAUGCCGGGGCCUUGGGAUCCAUGGUAAUGGGCGGUGGUGGGGGCAUUGGGGCAUCGGUAUCUGGCCGUCUCACACGCUCAGCAAUGCUUACCAAAAGUGAAAGUCGCGAUUCAGUAUUCUCUGCUAAAUCGGAUGGCGUUGUCUACGAUCAACUAAUGAGAUCUCAUUCGGCAUCUGAUGCCAAUCGUAAAUUGCAUCAUUCCUCUGUUGUAAGGCCACCUCCAUCGGCCAGUGCAGUUUAUGCUCUACCCCGGGAUGUUGAACCGGCCGAGGAACAACCAAUUGAUUAUUCACAAAAAUAUACCGAACACAUUAGCAAACAUGGCAGCUCCAGAGAAGACCCGGAAAAUGAUGCAGCUACAUAUCAGGAAACCGAUUUAGAUCAACCAACCGAUUUUAGUCUACGCUAUGCUGAAAAUCAAUUGGAAUCCGAUAUAGAUUUAUCACCACCUUCCGGACAAAAUGAUAAUGAAGGACAAGAGAAACUGAACCCAACAAAUUCGUCUAAUGGUCCAACUCGGCCCAAAACGCAGACAGAAGGCAGUGAAAUUUUACUAAUAUUAGAGGAUAGUGUCAAAUGUUAUCAAACCGAAGAUACACCCUAUGUUAUAUCAAAUGCAGCUUCCGUAACCGAUCUGAGAUCGGUACAAACCUCAGAUAAAAAUGGAGAAAAUGAUUUGCCAUCGGGCAUAGAGAGUUCAGAAACACCAGCUUCAAACGGAGGUAGUGGUGGUGGUGUUGGGGGUCAUAUUCCCUCUCGUAAAUUUAGUAGAGGUCCUCAUCAACAACCAUCUGUUCACAAUUCAAAUCCAUAUGGUUCAGGAUCGUAUACACCUGAAAAGCCGGUAAAUUAUUGUGAAGAAGGUACUCCGGGGUAUUUCAGUCGUUAUGAAUCCUUGAGCAGCUUAGAUGAAUCACCACCUCAACCGGAACACAACGAAACCAAAGAUAGGCAUGCAGUAUCCAAUGCCAAGACCACAAACCGAGGUCGAGAAGAAGAAGAAGACGAUACAGAAUGUGUAUUAAAGCAACAGCUAGACAUCAAGCCGGAAGUGAAAACAAAUUCUCCUCCUGAGCCACCAACCACUUCCACCCUGGUUGGUCCGCCUCAACCACAAAUUAAUUCGGCCCUGGAAACACCGCUAAUGUUUUCACGACGUUCAUCAAUGGACUCUUUGGCGGAGGAAGAUGUUGGGCCGUUGGAUGACAAAAGUUCAGUGGUUAGUGAUUUUAGUCGUUUGGCUAGCGGUGUAAUAUCACCCUCCGAGAUACCCGAUUCGCCCACACAAAGUAUGCCGCAAUCGCCACGUAGGAACCUAACAGCCGAAGAUGAUAUCAGUACAUUUCAUGUUGAAAACACCCCUGCCCAAUUCUCAACUGCCACCAGUUUGAGUAACCUCUCAAUGAUGGACGACGAAGCGUCAUCCACAAAUCAAUCACCACCCCAAGCUCAACCAACAGCUGCCACAACAACCAAUACCAUAUCGGAGGGUGAAGAGGAGGAAGACGGCAACACGAAUAACAACGAUGAUUUGUUGUUGGCUUCGUGUAUAAAUAUGGGUAUGAACCGAGCUGCGGCACCCUCAAUGUAUUCCCAGCACAAUGACGACAACAGAUCUUCGAUCAAUAAUCCGGUAAGUUCGAUGAUGGCUCAAGAUGAACCCAAACAAUAUUAUACGGAGGAUACACCGGCCUUGCUGUCCAAAGUUGGUAGUAAUACAAAUCUGUCGGCCAUAUCGUUGGGUUCCAGCAACAAUGAUGCUAAAGAUGACACUGUCUAUGAGACAAUAAGUAACUCUGUUUCACGGAAUCAUCAGCAAGCAAUAAAUAGGCGAUCCCUAAAUUUAUCCGAUGAUAUGUCAUCGAAUGCUUCGGAAAGUGGUGCUGCUGGUAUUGAUAUUCUGCAGCAAUGUAUCCGAGAGGGUAUGCAAAAAUCCUCUUCAGCCAAAGAGAAACCUAAAAUAUCUGCUCAACCAGUCGGCAGUAAUCAUGGGCAUCCAUCAUUACCACCAAAUGCUCCCAAUAAUGUAAUGGAUCCCAUUGCCAUGCUGAGACGAGGAGGCAAUGUCCUACCACCCUAUCUAACGGGCAAUGAUGAAAUGAGUAAAUACCGCGUUGAAGAUAGUCCUUGUAAUUUCUCCGUAAUGUCUGGUCUCUCCAAUCUAACUGUUGGAUCUAGUCUUGUGGGACCUGCCUUACUGUUGCAAGGUGGAACAGCUGCUGUCGCACCAAAUAGCAACAAUUUCCAAAUGCGUGCCGACAACAAACCCUUACUAAGUGCAGUUGCAGAGGAUGCUCGCAGGGAACCACAGUGGCAAGAUGAUUCUUUGAGUUCUCUCUCAAUUGAAUCUGAAGAUGAUACCAAUCUGUUAAGUCAGGCUAUUGCCGCUGGUUGCAAUAGACCAAAAUCGAAUUUGGGUUUUACCACAAAUUUGACUUCUACGGGUAAUCACAAGACCACCCCAUCAUUAUCAUCUUCACAACCCAUACCCAUCAAUGCAGCUACCUCAGCAUCCUCUCUGACAUCCCAAACAACUGCCCGCCAGUUUGAAAAGCCAAUUCAGCAGUCCAACAAUGGUGCAAACCAAAAUUACGGUCCCAUAAUGGCAGGAAAUGAAUCAUAUAGCUCCGUAGAUUCAAGUGACUCCAAUGACAACCAAUCGAAAUCGCUAUUUGAGUUGUGCAUUCUCACGGGAAUGCAUAAGAAUCGUGAUAGCAAUAUGGGUGGUGGUAGCAGUUCUUCGUCACGAAAACACACACGCAGUUCCCAUUCUCAUCGAACUCACAAGAAUGGUCAGAACGAUCAAAACACCACCCAAUCAAAUCCCAAUUUAAAGCAGUUUGAUUCUCUGCCAAUCCAGGGAAAACAAUUGACACCAAAUCGUCAUGUCCGCGAACGUGAUCGAAGGGAUGAAAAACUCUUGAUGGAAUGCAUUAAUACCGGAAUCAUGAAAAAGAUUGGUGAAUCCAGCAACAAACAACAAAAUCCUCCCUCGUUACUGACCCGUGAGGCCCUCGUUUUACACAACAAUCAGCCAAAAAACGGGCAGGCUACGUCUGCA